AUGGGAAAUUGUUCAAGUGAAGAACUAAGUCUUUCUGAAUUAGAAUUGUAUAGUAAAACAUCAGAAUUAUAAUAUAGCUCCUUAAUUAUCACAAUAUAAAUUACUCUAUGUUAUAGGAAAAGGAGGUUUUGGAAGAGUAUGGAAAGUAAAAUGUUAAAAAAAGUUUUUUGCAUUAAAAGAGAUGAUAAAAUCUAAGUAGAUUUAUCAACUAUAUAGAUAUCAGAAUAAUUGAAAAACAAUCUAAUUAGAGUGUGAUGAACGAGAGAAUUUUGCUUUAAAAAUUAAAUCAUUCGUAUAUUAUAUAUCGAAAUAGAUUUCUAGUUAACAUGAGAGGAGCAUUUUAAACAUCAACACAUUUAUAUAUAGUUUUAGACUAUUUGGAAGGUGGAGAUUUAAGAUAUCAUUUAUGUAAACAAGGAAAAUUUAAUGAAGAGCAAACAAGUAGCAAUUCUAUUUUUAUAUUUAUAAGAGUUUUUUGUUAUUUGUAUAUUGAUGGCACUUUAAUAUUUACAUAAGAACCUUAUACUUCAUAGAGAUAUUAAACCUGAGAAUUUAGUAUUUGAUGAUAAAGGCUAUCUUCACAUAACUGAUUUAGGAAUUGCAAGAAUAUGGAAACCCAAUAAUAAGAAUGAGACUAGUGGAACUCCAGGAUAUAUGGCUCCUGAAGUUAUGAUGAAAACUGAUCAUGGAGUAGCAUGUGAUUACUUUGCAUUAGGUUGUAUAGUUUAUGAAUGUUUAACAGGAAAAGUAAUGAUAUUUAUUAAAAAUAAAGAGACCUUAUUAAGGAAAAAAUAGAAGAUAAAUUAGGGAUUAGAUAAUGAGCAAAUAGGUUAAAUUACAUAAGCAAGGUUUUUCUAAAGAGGUUACUGAUUUUGUGAAUAGAUUACUGCAAAGGAAGGCUAAUUAAAGAUUAGGGAAUGAAGGACCGGAUGAAGUGAUGGGUCAUCCAUGGUUGAAGGAUGUAGAUUGGGGGAGACAUUAUGAUAAAUUAAUUGACGCUCCUUAUAAGAUUAUUGGGAAGGAUAAUUUUGAUUCAAAAUUUGUGAAUUAAAUGUUUAGUAUAAGUGAAUAUAAGGAGGAGAGGGAUCAUAAUAAUGUGUUUUAAGGAUUCACUUAUUAUGAAAACAAUGAUGAACAAUAGGUUACAGAUAUAUAAACAAGUAAAUAAAAGCUAUUAUUAUCUACUAAAUAUUAUUGA